AUGGUGACCUCUCGGCCUGGAUCUGCUGUGUCAAGAGACCGGGUCUCUGAUUCUGGAAGGCAGAGCGCCGCAUCCACCUAUCUCCAGGACAAACUUCAGAGGAGAAGAGAGGAGGCCGACAGGUUGGCCGCGGUACGGUCAACGCAGGACAUGGCCGCCUCCGUAGAAUUACCACCACGACAUGCGCAAAGUUCACCCGUGAAAGGCGAGUCCGUUGAUGGACGUCGGCCAAGAUCAAGUGGAGGCAAUGGAGAAUCUACAAAGAGUAAAGGCAUGGGCGCCAAGGAGAUGGAGGCAACUGUUUCCACCUUGCACAAGCAAAACUUUGACCUGAAGCUCGAGCUCUUCCACCGCCGCGAACGACAAAAUGCGCUCGAAGAGCGUGUCGACGCCCUCGAGUCCGAGAAAGCACAAAUAGAUGAUGUGAACGACAAGCUCCUCGACGAGUUGGAGAAGCGAGACAAGGCUGUGCAGGAGGCGGUCCAGAUGAUAGUGACUCUUGAGGCCCAGGUCGAGACGCUAUUAAAGGAGCGGGAAAUGGUUCGAAUGGUCGACGCAGCCGGUUUCCUACCUCCCGACGACCUCGAAUCUCGCCUCAGAAGCCCCACGCCCAAGCCUAGAAUAGCGGACCUGGCACGACUUGAAGAUGAUGCUAAGACGCUCAACCGCAUGCCGAGUUUCCUAUCGGACUAUACCGAAAAUACCGAGAACCUACGAAAAGUCUACCUCAGCUCACGCGGUAGCCUACUCAGCUUACCGAGGCUCAACACGGAGGCAGUGGAUGAGACGGAUCCACGUCGUGGUAAUGGCAUGACGAGCCCGAGCCUCAGCGUCCUCAGUGAAAGUUCCUUUGUAAGUGUGUAUGGCGAGAAAGAGGACCAGGAUCAAACAAUUGUGGCCGAUGCAGACGAGCCACACUCUAUGGAUGGUGCUUUACCACACUCAGCGCCACCUCGAAAGGCUUCGUACGGCAGCGACCAGUCUAGGAUACAAAGACCACCGACCACCAUGUCGACACGAUCCAGUCGCCCAAGUAGGUCCAGUUCAACUAGUCGGGCUCCUGGUCCAGGCCAGUUCCAGUCGCUCCACGACAUCAUCGACCACACCUCGCCCCUCCAAAAGCUAGCGAGGCUCGAUCAUACCUAUCUGGACAGUCUGCCCGUCCAAGACUCUUCCCCGAUGGCAGGAAGAGGGCAGUCGCAGAAGCAGACUAAGGACGCGAAGCGCGAAGCAUUGCGGAGAGUGACAACAGAUUCACCAGCUUCACACCCCGGCGAAGGCCUUCCUCCGACACCAGACACCAUUUCCACAUCAACGCUUCGAAGAUUCAAGACGUCGAAUGACACGCUCUCGAAGCAGCGAGCUGUGUCGGAUCAACAUAGCUAUCGCUCAGUGUCAAGGGGAACGUCCAAGGAUGAUGAGGGGGAUCACGGCGGAGGUGCACGGGUAUUCCAACAUCCCCCAUCCUCUGCAUUCACUGGACCCGAAGAGCCAGCCAGUGCCCAUUACUUCGACUCCCGGCCGCCUUUGGUCCCUCGCCCUAGGUCGACAGAUGAAACUACGAUAUCGAAUCACAGAGAACUCGACUGGGACUCUGAUGGAGAUUCGAUGCACUCCCUCGACUCUAGCCUCGACAUUUGGUUACAGCAAGGCAAGGACCCAAAGUACAUUGCACAGCAGCGGAGUGAGUCUCCGGACCUAUUCAGCUUUCCUCCGUCCGGCGGAUGGAACACAGCUGGCAUGUUCGGUUCUUCUGGUGGUGCAUUUGAGGUCCCAGGUCUCCCUCCGCCGCAACGUAAUACGGCCGAGGAUGCCCUCUUCCAAGACGGGGUUCAGCCCCUGCCUCCGCCGAAUAGGAGGUCGAGUUUGGGUGCUAAAACAGGCCAGACCUCGUCAAAGAACAUGCCCAUUAACGGCAAACUUCGCAAGUCACCAUCUCGAAGCGGAUCCAGGCGCAACAGUGUUGAUGCGCAAAUGAUCCAGCUGGCAGAGGCAGUGGCCAACAGCCCGCAGCAUGAUUCAAAGACUGGUGCUCGUUCCAAGGACAGCAGCCACUAUCCCCCUUCUUCGACUGCCGCGCCCCGUGGGCAUCGGUUGAACUUCUUCAGACGGUCCAUCGGAGGUAGCACCGCUCCGAGUCCUGUCCAACAUGCGUCACCAGUAGCCGAGCCACCCGCACCAACCGCGCCCCAAGCCCCGAUGGGUGUCCCAUCAUGGGUGCAGCGAAAUCACCCGGGCGAGGAGGACAGGGCCAGCGCGACACCGCCUCCCAUUUUGCGAAACCCUCGUCCGGCUCGUUCUAGCAGCUUUGACGAGGGUGCGCCUGUGUAUGAUCACGGCCCUACAGCCCCGACUACACCUAUGGCAAACCAUGCCCCGAACACGCCGAACGCAAAUGGAACGCCUGGCUCCACAGAGACCACACCCACGAGCAGCUCUGCGAGUGGUGGCGCACCCUUGCACAAGCGGAAAUGGUUACCUGGCUUUGGUCGGGCGAGCAGUCUACGGAAUCGUGCUGGCUGA